AUGUCUGGAAAAGUCAGCGGAAAAUCGAAGUCUGGCAAGGCCGCUGGUGGUGAAGGAGCCUCGAAAUCGCAAUCCCGCUCGUCUAAGGCCGGCCUUCAGUUCCCUGUUGGUCGUGUCCACAGACUGCUGAAGAAGGGCAACUACGCCCAACGUGUCGGUGCUGGUGCUCCAGUCUACCUCGCCGCUGUUCUUGAGUAUCUCGCAGCCGAAAUUCUUGAGCUGGCUGGAAACGCCGCAAGAGAUAACAAGAAGCACCGUAUUGUACCCCGUCAUUUGCAACUCGCUAUCCGUAACGAUGAAGAGUUAUCGAAACUCCUAGGCGACGUUGUCAUUUCGCAGGGUGGUGUUGUACCAUUUAUCAACCCCGAGCUUCUUCCCGGAAAGACAGCCAAAGGCAAGAAGGAUGCCGAUGAUGUUUAA